AUGCGAGUGGUGCUUAACGAUGGUGGUGAAUAUCAGCUGGACCAGGAGGAGGCCAUUAAUGACUUGCUACGUGAGCAUGGACUCUCGAAUGCAAAUUUAACACUCGCGCCUAUCGGUUCUGAUUGCUACGAGAUACACCCAAGUGAUAAUGCGUUGCUCGAGGGCAAGGGCAAGAAUGGAUUACCCACAGUCAAGGAGUUUCAAUCACUAGUUGGAUCGCUACUCUGGGUUGCGCGAUGCACGCUGCCCGACAUUGUGUUUGCGGUCCACAAAGCGACACGUCAAACUCAUCAACCACUACUUCACGAUCAGAAGCUAGCAGAGCGGGUGGCGCGCUAUCUAACAGGCACGAAGUCGAUGAAACUCAACUUGACACCAAGCGAAAAUGACGGGAUGUCGAUUGUGGUUAAAAAUUAUAGCGACGCGGAUUUUGCCGCAGACAAAAGUGACAGGAAAUCUCUGACCGGAGGUAGUGUACUUCUUAACGGUAUGGCGGUCAGCUGGUGUGCCAAGAAACAGGGUGGUGUAAUGCUAUCGACAAUGGAAGCCGAAUUUGUGGCGGCAUUAGAGGUGGCGCGAGAACGUUUAGGCAUACGCAAAACGUAUGCAAAUUCGGUGCAGUGGCAAAAUUGCCCAUGUUAUUGCAUGUCGACAAUCAAGCUGCUACUCGACAGCUUAAAGGAGAAGCGUCGUCGUUCAAGGCCAAGCAUAUUGACGUUCGAGCCAAGUUUGUUUGCGAUUUUGCCCGAUUGGGAUUGUGCUGACACAGUACGUGCGAUCGUAGGAAAAGCUGGCCGAUUUGCUGACCAAGGCACUCGACGCGCCAUGCUUGCGAAAUUGCGUGCUUUAAUGCGUGUUGGUCAGGACGGUAAGUCUUAG